UCUUGGUAUACACAUACAUAGGCAAAAAUAAAAAUGGUGUUAAUGGAAUGCCAAUGGUUAUUUUCAACUCCAAGUGUCCCUUUGGCAUCAGCAAUAUUCACCAUGCUGGCGCUAAUAGGAGGAUUAUUGGGUUAUAUGUAUGGGCCCUAUUGGAGGUUAAGGAAAGUUCCAGGCCCACCAUCUCUGCCUCUGGUAGGACACCUUCCUUUGCUGGCUAAGUAUGGCCCUGAUGUAUUCUCAGUCCUCACCAAACAAUAUGGUCCAAUCUACAGAUUUCAUAUGGGAAGACAACCACUAAUAAUCGUAGCAGACGCAGAGCUUUGUAAAGAGGUGGGAAUAAAAAAAUUCAAAGACAUUCCUAACAGAAGCAUUCCCUCUCCUAUUUCUGCUUCCCCUCUUCACCAAAAUGGUCUCUUCUUCACUAGGGAUUCACGAUGGUCAACCAUGCGAAAUACCAUAUUGUCGGUAUACCAGCCAUCCCACUUAGCCAGCUUAGUCCCUACAAUGCAAUCAUUUAUAGAAUCUGCAACACAAAACCUUGACACCCCAAAAGAAGACAUAAUCUUUUCUGAUCUUUCCCUCAGGCUAGCAACUGAUGUGAUUGGAGAGGCAGCAUUUGGUGUCAACUUUUGUCUCUCUAAGCCUCAUUCAGUUUGUGAAUCAAUCAAAAGUGUUAACAAUAUAGGGGAUGCAGGUGAUAAUGAUGAUGAAGUAUCAGAUUUCAUCAAUCAACACAUUUACUCCACAACACAACUUAAGAUGGACUUAUCUGGUUCCUUCUCCAUCAUACUUGGUCUACUUGCCCCUAUACUUCAGGAGCCAUUUAGGCAGAUUUUUAAGAGAAUACCAGGCACUAUGGACUGGAAAAUUGAGUGUACUAAUAGAAAAUUGAGUGGUCGUCUUGAUGAGAUUGUUAAAAAGAGAAUGGAAGACAAGAACCGAACUUCAAAGAAUUUCUUAUCACUCAUACUGAAUGCAAGAGAAUCAAAGACUGUAUCAGAAAAUGUCUUUUCACCUGACUACAUCAGUGCUGUUACUUAUGAGCACUUACUUGCUGGGUCAGCUACCACAUCCUUUACGUUGUCAUCAAUUGUCUACUUGGUUGCUGGGCAUCCAGAAGUUGAGAAAAAGUUGCUUCAAGAGAUUGAUGGAUUUGGCCUAGCUGAUAGGAUACCUACUGCUCAAGAUCUUCAUGGCAGUUUUCCUUACCUUGAUCAGGUGAUUAAAGAGGCGAUGAGGUUUUACACUGUCUCCCCAUUGGUUGCAAGAGAAACAUCAAAUGAAGUGGAGAUAGGAGGUUACCUUCUUCCAAAGGGGACAUGGGUAUGGUUAGCUCUUGGAGUUCUAGCAAAAGACCCAAGUAACUUUGCAGAGCCAGAAAAGUUCAUACCAGAGAGGUUUGACCCCAAAUGUGAAGAAAUGAAACGAAGGCAUCCUUAUGCAUUCAUACCAUUCGGAAUUGGUCCCCGGGCUUGUAUUGGUCAGAAAUUUUCCCUGCAAGAGAUCAAGCUUUCUCUGAUUCAUUUAUACAGGAAAUAUGUAUUUCGUCAUUCACCUAAUAUGGGAAAACCUGUAGAACUGGAAUAUGGUAUAGUUCUCAACUUCAAGCAUGGUGUCAAGCUUAGAGUCAUAAAGAGAACAUAGUAGAUAAAUUAUGUAAACCUAUUAGAUUAUCCUUGU